AUGAAAAAUCGCCAAUUUAUUUAUUUAAUUUUAACUGUCUCGUUGGGCUCAUUUGUGGUUUUAAUUAUAGGAAGAUUUGAUCUGAUAUCCUCUACGGGUAUUUUAUUGCUCGGAAAUGAUUAUCAACGACGGCCGGGAUGUACAUGUUCAAGAUCUUCAUUAACCUCAUUACGCUCACCUUUAACAUCUGAAAAUAGUCAUAUUCAAUUGUCUCUUUGCAGUGAAUAUGCUACACAACGCGGUCCUCAUCAACGUAUUAUUGCAAUCAGUCUUUUUGGCCCAAAAGAAAAUAGAAUGUUUCAAAUGAAUCGAUCGCUUGCCCUUCUUCAUCAGCUCAUUGAAGAUCUAAACGUCGUGUAUCCAGAUAAUUUUAUACUGCGUGUUUAUCAUGAUGAUGCAGUUGAUUCAUCAAAUAUUAUUUGUCCUAUUGAAUGUAAACAUCCAAAUGUGGAUUUUUGUAAUAUGACGGAUAAACUUUAUAUUCCACCGAAAAUCUGGCGGUUUACACCGGCAGGCGAUCCUCUUGUGGAUAUUAUGAUGAGUCGUGAUCUUGAUUCGCCUUUGACAAAACGAGAACGUGCAGCGGUUGAUGUAUGGCUGGCUUCGAACAAGUUAUUUCAUAGUUUACGUGAUCAUCCCCAGCAUAAUGUUCCUAUGCUUGGUGGUAUGUGGGGUUUUCGGCCAUCAUUAAAUCGAUCUAUAUCUCGUUUAAUACUGGAUAAAAUUUACAAUCGAGAACUAAUCAAACGAUAUGGUGGUCGAGCUGAUCAAUCAUUUCUCUCUUCUCAUGUUUGGUCAUAUGCAAAAGCGAGUGUUAUUGCACAUGAUAGUUUUCUGUGCAAACAUGAAUUCGGACAGAAGUCAGAGCCAUUUCCAACACAAAGACCAUCAGUUAAUGAAACGAAUUGUUUUAUAGGUUGUACACGGCCUUGUUGUACUCCCGGGAAAAGGCCCUUUGGACCCUGUCCGCCAGAAUGUCGACCAAAAGAUCAUCCAGAAUGGGUUUAUUGCUAA